AUGGCGACGAGUGCGUUUGGUGGUGUGGACAUCAGCCAGUUCAACUUCAACGACAAAACAUCUCGUGCCGAUAGCGUGCGGAUAGCAAACGGCAUACUUAUCGGCCUGGUCUUGGUCGUUAUCGGUCUGCGAUUGUUUUCGAGGCUCAAGUUUUUGAAACGAAUCUUUGUCGAUGACACUACUUCCUCGGGCCUUGGCACUCACGUAUGGCUACUUCCCUUGCCCACGCUUUUUGAGCAGGUCAAGAGCUGCAUUCUGGGCAAGACUUUCCGGCUCAUAAUGUACAUGACAUUAUUCAUCGUUGUCGGGCUCUGGAUCUGUGGCAUAUUCGUGUCUCUCUUCCAAUGCGACCCUGUUGAUCAGGCGUGGAAAAUCGACCCCAACCGCAAGUGCAUCAACUACGUCAAUUAUCUGUAUGCCAGUUCGGCGGUCAACGUCUUCACCGAUGUUGUCCUCUGUAUACUGCCGAUACCAUAUCUCUGGAAACUGAGCGGCGCCGGUGCAUGCAUUGCAGGCAUUAUUCGAAUAGCAUACCUGGACACCCUGCGAGUUCUGGAUGUACUUUUCGAAACAGUUCCGAUUCUGAACCUGUCCGUUAUCGAAUGCAGUCUCGGCAUCAUCUGCGUCAGCAUACCUGCUCUCCGCCCCAUGGUCGUGCAAAUCUUCCCGAACGGCUCACGAGCAUCGCAAACAGCGUCAACGACGAUGAACAAACCUUACGACUCUGGGACCAUACCCUUGAGUGAGGUCUCAGGAGGAUUCCCGAAGACUGCGAAGCUCCCUCCAAUCAACGAGGCCAACACUCGGCCAUUUGAACGUCUGUCGUCUGUCUAG